UCUUUCCAACCUAUCCGCCAUUGUUUUUGGGCAGUCAAGCCACACGAUAGAGCCAUAAUCAAGGAUAGGUAGUAGGGUCUGCUUUAGGGAGACACUCAUCAUUUCACGCUAGUUUGGUCAGAAAACUGCAAGCAAGAGUGACUUCAAGCCUUGCCAAGGUAAUUUACUAUACACUUACAAAAACCUGUUUUUAGAUCUGAAAAGAAAGCAAAGAACAUGCAGCAUGGUCCAGGCAUUCCCUCGAUUGUGAAACUAAAUGUCGGCGGUCACUACUUUACCACAAGUCUUCGAACACUGACCAAAGAUCCAAACUCGAUGCUGGCCGUCAUGUUUGCAGGGAAGUUUGAAAUGAAACCUUGUGAAGACGGCGCUUUCUUUAUUGACCGAGAUGGAACUCACUUCCGGUUUAUACUGAAUUAUCUUCGAUUAGGAAAAUUAACUUUACCAGAUGGAGCGACAUUUUUAAAAGAACUUGCCGAAGAAGCUGAGUUUUACCAAAUCCAAGGGUUACUGGAUAAGUUAAAAUUGAUGGAAGAUAGUUUGACGAGCGUGAAACUGAAUGUUGGCGGCCAUCUUUUCACAACAAGUCUCCAAACACUGACCAAAGAUCCAAAAUCAAGGUUGGCAGCCAUGAUUACAGAGGGGUAUGCUGAAAACGGGACACUGUUCUUCGACAGGGAUGGAAAACACUUCCGGUCUAUACUCAAUUAUCUGAGGAACGGAGAGCUAGUCUUACCGGAUGAUGCAAAAUCUGUUAAACAAGUUGAAACUGAAGCGCAGUUCUAUCAGAUUGAAGGGAUACUAAUUAGGUUGAGCCUAUUUUCGGAGAUUCUCACCAAUGAGGAACACAUCACCAUGCUGCUGAGUUGGUUGCCUUUCCAUGACGCGGGAAUGAAGGGACAUCCCCUCCGUCUUCUGUACCGUGCUUCUCAAGAAGGCUUCGCAGCCGAAUGCUUUCACUCCAGAUGUGACAACAAGGGGCCCACUCUCACCAUUGUGAAGAGUGGGAAAAAUGUAUUUGGAGGUUUCACGGAACAGUCUUGGAAAAGUCAAAGCGGUUAUUCAAGAUGUACAGAAGCAUUCUUGUUCAGUAUGGUCAACCCACAGGGCCUGGAACCAACUAAAAUACCGCUUACUUAUGAAAGCGGAUGGCAGGGCAUCUACAGUAGUGACAGCCAUGGACCAACGUUUGGCG